AGACCACGCCUUAUGUGGGAGGACAAAUGGUCCGUCUCUUUCCCUCAGGCUAGCUGGUGUGCAUGUUAUCUUAACAGAUAUGGUUGUUGGCAGAUAGGCUGUGUGGGCUUUUUUUUAUAUAUAUAUAUAUAUAUAAUUCGUAACUGAAGAGGAGUUGUGAAACUGUCAACCACUGGGGGGGCGUGUUGAUUUUAAUUAUUUAAUGUUACAGCUUUUGUAUGGUGUUUUUCUUUUUUUUGGUCGUCUUUUUUUCAGUUUACCCUGACAUUACGGCUCUUCUGAGCGGUGCGGUCUCCUCAGCAUUCUUCACUAAACUGGGAUUCAUUUUUCAGCAGCAAUGGGUCUUCACCCAUUGGAGUUCAGUGAUUGUUACCUGGACAGCCCUGCCUUCAGGGACAGAAUGAAGGCUCAUGAAGCGGAGCUGGAAAAGACCAACAGGUUUAUUAAAGAGCUUAAUAAGGAUGGGAAAAACCUCAUCACAGCAACCAAAAAUUUAGCUGUGGCUCAACGCAAGUUUGCUCAGUCACUUGGAGAAUUCAAAUUUGAGUAUAUUGGGGAUGCCAAGACUGAUGAUGAGAAAUGUAUAGAUGAAUCACUACAGGAAUUUGCUUCUUUUCUCAAAAACUUGGAAGAACAAAGAGAGAUAAUGUUGUUCAACAUCACAGAGACGCUGCUGAAGCCUCUGGAGAAGUUCCGUAAAGAGCAGCUGGGGGCUGCAAAGGAGGAAAGGAAAAAAUAUGAAAAAGACACGGAGAAGUACUACAGCGCUCUGGAAAAGGUUUUAAAUAUGUCGGCAAAGAAGAAAGAUCAACAGCUGCUGGAGGCAGACAGCCAAGUGGAGGUGAUGAGACUACAUUUCCAUGAAGAGUCGCUGGAAUAUGUUUGCAAACUGCAGGAGAUCCAAGAAAAGAAGAAGUUUGAGUGUGUAGAGCCAAUGCUGGCUUUCUUCCAGGCGGUUUUCACAUUUUAUCAUCAAGGAUAUGAGCUUGCAAAAGAUUUCAGCCAUUACAAAACAGAACUGCAGAUUAACAUUCAAAAUACCAGAAAUCGGUUUGACGGUACCAGGGCGGAAGUAGAAGAAUUGAUGAAAAAAAUCAAACAAAACCCAGAAGCACACAAGCGGAACAGCCCGCUCAGCAUUGAGGGUUACUUGUACGUCCAGGAGAAGAGGCCUCCUCCCUUCGGCUCCAGCUGGGUGAAGAAAUACUGUAUUUAUAUGAAAGAGCAGAAGAUUUUUAACAUGGUUUCGUUUGAUCACAGAUCUGGAGGGAAAACGGGAGAACCAGAGUCUUUCAUCCUGAAAUCCUGCACAAAGAAAACAGGAGAGUCUAUCGACAAGAGGUUUUGUUUAGAGCUAGAGGUAGCCGACCGACCAGGCCUCAUUAUCACCGUGCAGGCCUUGUUAGAAGAGGAUCGGAAGCAGUGGAUGCAGGCGAUGGGAGGCAAAGAACCUGUCUAUAAAUUGGGCAGAACAUAUUCCAAGAGGGAAGGAAUUGAAGCCAACCUGGAUGAAGUAGGAUUUUCACUUUUAAAGAAUUGUAUCAGCGCAGUUGAAUCUAGAGGGAUUACUGAUCAGGGUCUGUACAGAGUCGUUGGCGUCAGUUCCAGGGUGAUGAAGCUUGUGGGAAUAUUAAUGGAUAAAAAGACAUUCAGUGAAGUUGAUCUCUCGGCUUCUGAUGAAUGGGACAUAAAAACAGUAACUAGUGCACUAAAGCAAUAUUUAAGGAGUCUUCCAGAACCACUGAUGACGUACGAGCUAUAUAAAGAGUUCAUCGUCCCUGCCAAAUGCAGCCCUCCGGAGUCCAGAGUAGAUGCAAUACAUUAUUUGGUUUAUAAACUUCCAGAGAAAAACCGGGAGAUGUUGGGAAUGAUAAUGAAACACUUAGCCAAUGUCUCUGCUAACUGCAAACAGAAUCUGAUGACUGUAGCAAACUUAGGAGUUGUGUUUGGGCCUACAUUGAUGAGACCUCAGGAGGAAACUGUGGCUGCAAUUAUGGACCUCAAGUUCCAGAACAUUGUGGUGGAAAUUCUAAUAGAAAACCAUGUGAAGAUUUUCGGGAGUGCACCAGAUGGAUCUGUCGCCACACCUGUGGCCUUGUCCUCUUCUGAGCCCAAUGCCCCGCCCAGGCUGUCCAAGAGGCAGAACUCCCGUCAGAACCGGCCUCUUGCAGUGUAUAACCCCAGUGUGGAGCUCCCAGCUGCUGAUUGUCCCAGCUCUGUGAAGGAUGACACCUCGCUGGGCAGCACAGAUUCUGUCUCCUCACAGUCUUCCACUGCUACCAAUUCAUCUACCUCCGGCAGCCCUCCAGAGGAAACCAAGAAUCAUUUCAGUACCAACGGGGGAGACCUCAUGGACUGGGCUAGUAUUUCCCGCUCAGCGAUGAUUCCAUGGCUGAAUGCUUCAUCGACCACCACCCCAACCUCACCAUCUCCAGCCGCCGCCUUCUCACCCGAAGGAACUAACAGUGACAAGUCGGGAGAUAGUGUCACAUACAGGAAAGCUAAAGCAGUAUUUUCAUGUGAAGCAGAGCACGGCUCGGAGUUAUCUUUUCCAGUCGGAGCAAUAUUUGAGGAUGUGACUUCUUCCAGAGAACCGGGGUGGCUGGAAGGAGAACUUGAUGGAAAAAGAGGACUUAUUCCAAUAAACUAUGUUGAAUUUCUAUAGCCAAAACGCUGGAGACAUUGAGUUAUACAUGGUAUCCAUGAUCUUCAACAGUGACCCACCCCCCUUUUUUAAAGACACUUCUGCAUAUAUUGAUAUGCCUUGAAACAUGUCGCUAGAACAAUGUGCUUCCCCACCGCAGAAUUGCCAAAUAGAAAUACCAUGUUGACUUAUGUCUUAAAAUAAAGGGUAGCUUUGAAGAAAUAAAAAGAGAUAUAGUUUAAAUCACUAAAUGUAACAUUUUAGCAUAAUCAUUCUUUUUUGAGAAUUUUAUUUGUCAAGAUUUAGGGAUAUUAUAUUUAAGAAUUAUUUUAAAGUCUGUAAUUUAUGCAUGGGGUUUAUCUUGUUUGUCUGUAUAUCUACCAUAUUUGUUUCACUGGAGCAGAGUGCAGAUAGUAUACAAUACAUGUAUGUCACAAGCGGUAAGGAAAAAUCUAUUUAUAAAUCUGUACUUCUUGCAUUGUAAAAUUCUUCUAGUUUAGACUUUUUCAGGUGAAAAAAAAUCCAAUACUGCCAAUUUUAAACCAUUUACUUAUGAGUUGGUAAAUGUAGAUGCUGGUUGAGUUCAAUUGAGCUCAUUUAAGAAUAUCUUAUUUUUAAAUAUAAACAUGUGUUGAUUUAGUUUAUCUAUUUGAAACAAAGAAAGUCUCAAACAUUCAGGUCUUUUUUGUAUACAUUAUUUUAUAUUAUGUUAAAGUGGCUUAAAAUCUAUAUGUUAAAUCUCAAUCAUAUUUUUCAUAAAAUUGCAAAGCAGCAGUUACAGGAUUUGCAAAGUGCAAAUUCAUUAUCAGAUUCAAAAGAGCAGAUUGAUGACUAGAGGACAAAGCAUAGACAAUACAAGGGGGUUUGUGUGAUGUACCUGGUAAGUUCACUUGUUUACUUCUACACAAAGGGCCCCCCUUUUUCAUAAACCCCUAUUAUAUCAGCAGGAUCUUUUUAUGUUGGUAUCUUCUGGUUUCGUGCAGUUUGGGAACUUGGGCUAUUGAUUUGUAUGAUCCCUGAGGUACCACACCGAUAAUCACACUGUUUCUGAUGCUAACUUAAGUUCUAGUUAUUUUAUUAGUUUAUUUUACAAGUGUUUGGGCACUUCAGCAUAAUCAGAGGGAAUUGUUGGAAUAUUGUUAAUACAAAGCAGCUGGUGUAGUUUUGAUUUCGUAAAUGCACACAGGGCACUUCUUGCACACAACUACUGCUGUUCAGACAUGAUGAUUUAUUGGGGUUAUUUUGGUUUUAAACUGCCGUUCUUACUGGUGUGUGUGUUAUUGAAUUGAACUUUUAAAUUAAGAAACUGUACAGGUAUUGCAUUUAUAAUUUGUUGCUGAUAAAUAAAUACAUACAUAAAUAAAAUUAAAAAAAGUACUUUUUUGAAAGCCUUGAAAAACUAUUGAUUUUGACAGGUGUGUGUGAUAUGAUGAUUUCAGACCCAUUUAUUAGAACCUCUAUUAGAGUUCCAUAAUGCUGGUAAAUUAUGUGCACCAUAUUAUCUUGAAUAUAAGCAUAUGGUGGGGGUGGGGGGGGAGAAAGUCAAUGUAUAAACAGGUUUGGCUUUCAUUGAUUCCUGAAGGAUUAAUAGAAAAUAAUGAAGUCAUACAGUUGUGUUCAAAAGUUUGGAAACAACAAAUGCUUUAUAGCAAGACUAGGUGUGGGGAUUGUAUUGCCCAUUCUUCACAAGUAGAAUGGUACCCCAAAAAGUUAUUUUUUUUCUAAGAAAGCAGUACAACUGGGGAUGGGGGAUAUGUUGCUGGAUAACUCACUUGCUUACUAAAUAAAUAUCUUGGUAUUGCUGAAUAGAUAAUUGUCUCCUCUUUAAAAAUAUGCUUCGGUUUUUAAUGAGCAAUGGGUUUAAGUUUUCAAAGGGACAGUUACUAGCCAUCAGAAAACUAUAUGCUCCGUUAAUAAAGGUGUGCGAAUCAUUCAAACAUUGGGAAAGACCGCUUAUCUGAGCAAAUCAAUACAUUUAAAAAGUUCUCGGUCAUGAUUUAUAAAACAUGGCAGCUUAUUUUGACAGCAAAAUGUGGUUCCAACCUAUAAUAUUCUGUUGAGGUCAUCAUACAAAUCUGUAUUUUUUUUUUUAUAAAGGAGUUGGGGCAUAAUGAGGUUUGUAUGCUAUACAGGCAUACUAUAAUCAAAUGAGACCUGGAAUGAGACAGCUGGGCAAAAAAAAAAAAAAACGCAAUGAUGCUGUAUUAUUUCAACAAUGGUCUCUUAAAUAGAAAUGCUCUUGAUAAAUUAAAAAAAAAGGAUUUUCCAGGGAAACCUGCUUAACAUAAGUUGCUGUUAAAGCAGUAUUGCUGACAAUACCGUAUUCCUUCAAAUUUAAGACACAGCCCAAAUUUCCCAAACUCAAUUUGAGGGGAAAAAAAAACCCAUCAAAUAAAGAUGCAUUUGCAAAGAUACAACCUCAAUUAUGCAUAUAAGAGCCAUUUAUACAAAGGAAUACUACAUUUUUUGCAAUGAAAUGUUACAAACUCUUCUAUUAUGCAUAUUGGUAAAGCAUAUUGUAUAUUGGUAAAUUAACGUGUCUCCCAGUCAUCAUCCUCUGAGUUGGAGGAGGUCUCUUUAUUACCUGACAUCUCCCAGACAAUCAUGGGGGUUCCAUGCAAAUCUCUCCCAGUCAUCAUCCUCUGAGUUGGAGGAGGUCUCUUUAUUACCUGACAUCUCCCAGACAAUCAUGGGGGUUCCAUGCAAGUUUUUUUUUUUUUAACUCAAGACAUUUACACGAGAAAUGUCUCGUGUAAAAUGCUUUUUUGGGUUUCUGUUCGCUCAGUUUAUUUUACUCGAGUAAACCGGGCUUUGCAAAUGAAUGGGAAAGGUGGGGGUUGAUAUGUAAAUUAGCUAUACGUAAAAUACUCGUGCUGUUUUUUAAUAUUACUAGUGAAAUUUUGUGAAAAUGUGGUUUCCAUGCGCAGAGAACUGGUACACAAGUGAAUCUAAGCUGCUGUAAUAAAGCAAAAUACCUCGUGC